GAUCUGCAACGGCACCCAGAAGUGAACGAAGCGACCCGGAAGCGCUGGUGGUCCGACUGGAGGCAGGCAGAGAGAGCAAGCUUUUUUAUAUUAUAGCUCUGUACUCGCAAGACAAUAUCUGCAGCCAGGACACAAAGGAUGGCAGAGCCUCGGUUCAACAACCCGUACUUCUGGCCCCCGCCUCCAUCCAUGCCAGGCCAGCUGGAUAACCUGGUGCUCAUUAACAAGAUAAAGGAGCAGCUGAUGGCUGAGAAGAUCCGACCCCUGCACCUGCCACCUACCUCCAGCCCUUCCCAACAGCCUCUGCUAGUGCCCACCUCGUCCCCAGACACUAGCAGCCCACAUGGCAUGUCAGUGCAGGUGCCCAAGCCCCAGCCGCAGCAGGUGCAGGGUCACCACACGCAGCCACAGGGCUCUGGACAGCCGGACAUCGCUCUGCACGCUCGCCCCGCCUCCAGCUCCGUACCAGAGGGAUCUAUGGAUGACAAGUCAGCAGUGAAGGCCAAAGGAUUGUGGGAAGACUGGCACAUGAGGCAGCUUAGUGAGCAAGCUGGACGGAUCAACCAUCGCUCAGCUCUGGCUCCUUCAUCCCGGCCUGACAGCCACAGUACCUCAGAGGCCCUGACUCCUACCACUCCAACCUCCAGCAGCCAGAACCGUCUUGGUGGUGCCCCCUCCGUCAACAUCAUUUCUGGGCUGGCUAGCGGUCCUGGCAUGGACCACAUGAAGGCUGGAGGACUGGCAGGACUUCUGGGCCCCCCGCCAAAGGCACCCAGGGGACGGAAGAAGAUAAAAGCUGAAAAUCCCUCUGGCCCCCUGCUGGUGGUGCCGUACCCAAUCCUGGCUGACCAAGGUUGUGUCACUGUUGCACCUAAAGAGGGAAAAACCUACAGAUGCAAAGUGUGUCCGCUCACCUUCAUGACCAAGUCCGAGAUGCAGAUUCACUCCAAGUCUCACACCGAGGCCAAACCCCAUAAGUGUCCCCACUGCUCCAAGACAUUCGCUAACGCCUCCUACCUGUCCCAGCACCUGCGCAUUCACCUGGGAAUCAAACCCUAUCACUGCUCGUACUGCGAGAACUCUUUCCGUCAGCUGUCACAUCUGCAGCAACACACCAGAAUCCACACUGGGGAUCGGCCCUAUAAAUGUGCUCACCCUGGAUGUGAAAAGGCUUUUACCCAGCUGUCUAACCUCCAGUCUCACCAGAGGCAGCACAACAAAGACAAGCCGUACAAAUGUCCUAACUGCUACCGUGCCUACUCAGAUUCCGCAUCUCUGCAGAUCCACUUGUCAGCACACGCCAUCAAAAACGCUAAGGCCUACUCCUGUAGCAUGUGUGGCCGCGCCUACACCUCAGAGACCUACCUAAUGAAGCACAUGUCCAAACACACGGUGGUGGAACACCUAGUGAGUCACCAGUCACCACAGAGGACCGAGUCUCCCAGCAUCCCCAUCCGCAUCUCUCUCAUCUGAACUCCACUCCUUCAGAGUUUGGCCAGAGAUCAUCAGGCCCAGCACCUAUGACCAACUUAUGGCACCAGGACAGCUGACAUACAGUGCGUUCGAAUCAAUACACGUUCUUGUUACGUUGCAAUCUUCACCUUAAAGGCAGUCUGUGUGUACUGGUGAAGAUUAUAAAACAAGGAGCAGAAGCAGUUCAGUUGCCUCAUUCAAAUGUAACUUCUUAAGUAGGUCUAAAGAAAGACCUAGGGUAGUAAUACCAGUCCCCAAACCUAGGGGUCAGCAUCAGAGAAAUACAUACUGUGGUAUGACCCAAGAGGUCAGGUUUAGUUGCAUCAGCAAGGUUCGAAAACUAUUCAAUGCAACCUAAAACCUGCUUUAUAUAUAUAUAUAUAUAUAUAUAUAUAUACACACACACACACACACACACGUUCAGUUAUUUAACACCCCGUCAACUUAUUACCUUAAUUUAUGAAAACUUUGUGGAGUAUAUUGAUUAAAUAUAAUACUUAAGAUGAAGUUUGCAACCUAACAAAGUGUGACCCGGCCCUUUCUGUGUGCAGUGUAAGCCCUCGGUGCUGGGUUCAGUUCACAGACUGCCUCCUUCGGUCCCCAACACGAGCACAGCGUUAUAUGGUGAAUGUAACACAACAGAUAAAUGUUGUCCAGAGGACGGAGUGGUGAAAGAUUGUCUUGCGUCAGACUUAACAAGCACUUUCGUAAGCGUCACAUAAACUGCCGGAUGCAUUGGCCAUCUAAAAAAAGUUUUAGUUAGUUCCUUUUUUUUUUCCCCAUGAAAUGGUUUCUGCAAUGUGCCAGAUGACAUUUGCCCUUAAAAAAAAAGAAUAGUUGAGAAAGUAUAAUUAAAGAAAAUGUUUGCUGGGUGUAUUUUGGAGACAUCCAAAGAUAAUCUUAAAGCACUUUGAGGCCUUUGUGGAUUUCGGCUUAAAUUCUUUCAAUCUUGUGCGAUGGAAAAUGCCAAAGGGCAUUUGCUUGUGGCAGCUAUGAGUAUUGACUGUGUACAAAAAGAACAGUCUCUGUGUCACUGUCUUUGGUUUUACUCACAUUUCUCUACGAGUUCGCCCGAUAACAGGGUCAUUGAAUUUAAAGAAGCAAUCGUUGGAUGACAAUUAGGAAAUGUGAUGAUUGUGUUAAGGAGUUGCAAAGUUAUAAUAGGGAGGAUACCAAACCUACUACCAGAAAAGUUGGUACACUUUCUAGGAAUACAAGCAAAAUCUCUCCGCUGGAGUUUGGUAAUAAAGUCUGACCUGUAUACACAGUAUUAGGCACAAGAACAAAGAACACCUUCAGUGUUCAAGAUAUUUUAGAAACUGAUACUUUGGAAGCACUGCGCUUUCAAAGAAGUUGGGACACGUGUUUUCAAUGCUGCUAGAUGUGGUGGAAAUAUUUUACUCAUUCUUGCUGUACAUAAGACCAGACCUCCUUGAACAGGGAGCGGUUGCUGUUGUGUGAUUGUCUACUUUUUAAUAGGAGACAGAUCUGGACUGCAGGCAGGCCGGUCUAGCUCAUGUACUAAAUUUGCAGAAGGAGGUCUAGUUAGUCCUGCUGA